AUGGAAAUGACACCGGUGAACACCGUUAACCUCUGCGGCGUACUCUCCGAGUCGCAGAGGAUCCUGAAAUCUAACUACUGGCACUUCUUCGCCUUAGCCCUCUUCUUCCUCCCUCUCUCAAUCUCCAUCGUCUUCACCCCUACUGUCAACCCUCAUCUCUCCGGCCACUUCACCACCGACCUCUCCCACAAGCUUCCGACAAAUUAUCAGAACAUUAUAAUUGUUCAGCUCCUUUACAUCAUAAUCGUAUAUCUCCUCGCCCUAUGCGCCAUAGGUACGAUCUCCUACAGUACAUACAAUGUUCUCAUAGGUAAACCGGUGAAUUACUUCGCCGCCCUCAAGUCCCUAAUCUUCAACUUCUUCCCGCUCGUUUCAACCGCCAUUGUAGCUCAGAUACUCCUAUUUUUAAUCUCCCUAGCUUUCCUCCUGUCUGUUGGAGCAAUUGUUAUGUUGGGGAAAAGCCUAGGGUUUGUAUACGAUUUCAACUGGACUUCCUUCAUGUGGGUUUCCAUCGCCUUAGGUGCGAUGUUAAUCGGAAUACUAAUCUACUUCCAAAUGAACUGGUGUUUGGCUUUAACGGUGGUUGUUGCUGAAUCGAAAUGGGGAUUUGCGGCUUUGAGACGGAGCUGGUGUUUAGUGAAGGGGAUGAGAUCGGUUUCAUUGUCAUUGUUGUUGUAUUAUUUGAUCGGGAAUGGGCUUCUGGCAUGGGUGUCUUCGAAGCCUGUGUAUGAUCAUCAUAACUCUGUCUUCAUAACAAUGCUUGGUUCCUUCUUCUUGAUGAUGUGUUUGCUUGCAAGCACUGUUGCCAACGCUGUAUUGUAUAUGCACUGCAAGUCUUUCCAUGGUGAAUUCGCUCUAGAGGUUGCAGAGGGGUUUGAUUACAUCAACUUGCCUGUUGAUGAUGAGAAGGUCAUUCAUGUUGUUACUGUUGUGGAAGCUUGA